AAGCCUCCCUGGCUUCAGGAGUAUCUCCUCUGAUAUGUGGAAAGCUCCUGGAGCGAUGAAGAAAAUGACACCAGAAGCUCUAGAACACUAAGGAAAACUUUCAAAUCCAAUGGGAUGGCUAUACAGGCCUCCUGGGAUGGAUGUCACCCGCCUGCUUCUGGCCACCCUGCUGGUCUUCCUCUGCUUCUUCACUGCCUACAGCCACCUGCCACCCGAGGAGAAGCUCCAAGAUGACAGAAGCCUGAGAAGCAACUCCUCUGUGAACCUACUGGAUUUACCUUCUGUCUCUAUUCCGGCGGUGGACAAGCAGGAGGAGAAAUCUCUGGGCCGGGACCUCCCUAGCCCGAGGAGCUCCCAGAAGGCGGCUUCGAAGCAGAAAGUGGCGCAGCGCCAGACCCCCCUAUCCACGUCCUGCGUGGCCACCCGCGGCAGCUGCAAGCCGCCAGCACCCGCCUGCUGCCACCCGUGCGCCUCCUGCCAGUGCCGCUUCUUCCGCAGCGCCUGCUCCUGCCACGUACUCAACGUCAACUGCUGAGCGCGCCCCUUCCCGGCCGCGGGCGGGCAGGGCUUCGGGGACUUGGGGCGCUUCUCGGGCGGGUGAUCCCUAACAGGACGGCUUCCCAGGGCUGGUUGCGGGCGGAGCUUCCAGGAGGUGGGACUUAAGGGAGACCUGGUUUGGGCUAAAGUCGAAAUACAAUAUAUGUCGGAUGCU